AUGGCGAGCUCUUCCGUCUAUUCUUCGCCCGGUUUUGACUUUUCUAAUCAAAUAAGAAACAACUUCCUGAGCGAGAAGGGAUUGCCAUUGCCCAAGGCUACCAGUACCGGUACAACUAUCGUAGGAUGCCUUUUUGAGGACGGAAUUGUUCUUGGUGCAGAUACACGGGCCACUGAGGGCCCUAUUGUCGCGGACAAAAACUGUGAAAAGAUCCACUAUAUCUCAGAAUCAAUUAGAUGCUGCGGUGCUGGUACAGCCGCCGAUACCGAAUUCACGACGGCGCUUAUAUCCUCCAAUAUGGAGCUCCAUGCUCUCCAUACUGGCCGUAAACCGCGAGUGGUGACGGCGAUGACGAUGCUGAAGCAGAUGCUGUUCCAAUACCACGGUCAGAUCGGUGCUGCUCUCGUCCUUGGUGGUGUGGACGCUACCGGUCCCAACCUUUUCACCAUCCACCCACACGGGUCGACUGACAAACUUCCUUAUGUGACUAUGGGAUCUGGAAGUCUUGCUGCGAUGGCCGUUUUUGAGAGUAGCUGGCGGCCGAAUAUGACGCGCGACGAAGCUCUCACCCUCGUCAAGCAUGCUAUUUCUGCCGGUAUUUUCAACGAUCUUGGCUCUGGAUCCAAUGUCGACGCGUGCAUCAUCACAGCCACUCAUACUGAGAUGCUUCGCAACGUGGAGAUGCCCAACCAGCGUGUACAGAAAGAGAAGACAUAUGGGUUCCGACGUGGAACGACGGCAUGGAAGCGUGAGACUGUCAAGAGUUUGAUUGUGGACGAGGAAAUCACGCAACUAAUAGGCGAGGCUAUGGACACGACUUAG